CUUGAAAAUAGUGACAUCUUGGUAUUAUAAAAACUUCUAAUGUCCCUAUCCUCCUUCAUGUUUGGACUAUCCUCUAAUAAGAAUAUCGUUUUAUAACAUUCUCUUUGCCGCAGCUCACGCAGUCACGGGACAUUCCAGAAAUUUGCUUGCCAGUGAACCUCCAAUACCGCCUCGCAUCAUGAGAAUACUCGUUCUUGGAGCUAAUGGGCGCACAGGGCGUGCUGUGAUUACAGAAGCACUUUCUCGAGGAUAUCUCGUCACUGCUCUUGUCCGUGACCCAUUUUCUCUCGCCCCCCAUGAUGGUCUCGCCAUUGUCCAUGGCACACCUAUGGAGAUGCCGUCAAUUCAACAAGCCUUCGAAGCAACAGAAUCAGGAGACAAACCUUCAGCUGUUAUCGUCACGCUAAAUUCACCAAGGACGAGCGACAAUCCCUUCGCGAAAAGUGUCGCCCCAAAUCGAUUGCUUGCAAUAUCCGCGACAAACACAUUGCAAGUGGCAGAGAUGCAUGGAGUUCGCGAGAUAAUUUGGCUCUCUGCAUUUGGUGUUGGGACUUCUUCAGUAAACCUCCCAUUGGUUAUGAAACUCCUGAUCAAGUAUUCCAAUCUAGGGAAGGCAUAUGAAGACCACGAAGAGGUGGACAAGAUAAUGAGACAGAGCGAUUUGAACUACGUUCUGGUUCGGCCAGUAGUAUUCAAUGAAAAGGAAAAGUCAUCUGUGGAAGAACUAGGAGAGGAAGGCAAGGGUGUUGGAAUGUUCGAUGCCAUCUCCAGGAGUAGCGUGGCAAGCUUCCUGGUCGAUGCCGUAGGAAGCAAAAAAUGGGAUCAACAGGCUGUAGUUAUUCGUAACUCUUAAU